UCAAAAUAAAGUUUGAGAUGGUCGUGAAUUAAUUCGGGAUAGGGUUUUGGAAAUAUAAUCCCGCUGAGGUUGUGCAGAUUGCGAUAAGAAGUUACCAGUUCACUAUCACAGCCAUAUAUGUGCAGGCUCACGAGCCACAGUGGUUUAGUAUUUUUUGAGACUUGGUUGAGGAAAUAUAUUUAACUCGUACUGACGGUGUGAUCAAUCUGCUAGCGGAAUUUUUUGACUCUUAUCAUAGCCGUUGAUAAGAUUUUACGGCCACACGCGCAAUAACAUGUUGCUUCUAGUGAUAUUAGUGUUAGUGCUCUCGUUUGCAUAUGCAGCCUAUUUCUACCUGGGAUUUGCCAGUGCAAUUCAUCACGCUGCGAAAUUGAAUGGCCCCAAAGCAUACCCAUUAAUCGGAAAUGCAGCUAGAUUUAGCGGAAAAACUCCAACAGAAUUUUUGCUCGAGUUACAAAGAAUUAUAGCCGAGUUUGGAAAAUGUUUUCGUCUGUGGAUUGGUACCGAUUUGCUGAUCGUUUUAACGGAUGCUAAAAAAGUAGAGGCUGUCCUUAGCAGUCAGAAGUACUUGGAUAAAGCAAGCCAGUAUGAUUUCGUUCGUCCCUGGCUCGGGGAUGGGCUUCUAACCAGUACCGGUAAAAAAUGGCACUCUCGACGCAAGAUAAUCACGCCGACGUUUCAUUUCAAAAUUUUGGAACAAUUCGUGGAGAUAUUCGAUCAACAAAGCAACGUAUUUGUCGAUCAACUCAAACCAAUGGCCACUAGUGGUGAAGAUUUCGACGUGUUUCCCAAAGUAACACUAUGUGCGCUAGAUGUGAUAUGUGAAUCUGCUAUGGGAACUAAGGUCAAUGCUCAGGUCAAUUCUGACUCCGUAUACGUGAAAGCAGUGAAAGAUAUGUCGACCAUUGCAAUGCAGCGUACAUAUAACAUUUGGUCUCGGUACAGCUUCACUUUCCAAUUCACCAAGUAUGCCAAAAUGCAGGAAGAAGCUUUGAAAGUCCUUCAUGGCUACACGGACAGUGUAAUUCGCACUCGGCGUGCAGAAUUGGGGAGCGUAAAUCAAAGGAAUAACAAUGAGGAUGACAUUGGAAUCCGAAAGAAAACCGCUUUCUUAGAUAUGCUUUUGCAGACUGUUACCGCAGACGGUCAACCGCUUUCCGAUUUGGAGAUCAGAGAAGAAGUAGACACUUUUAUGUUUGAAGGUCAUGACACCACCACAUCGGCCAUCAGCUUUGUUAUGGGGACACUGGCUAAACGUCCCGAUAUCCAGCAAAAAGUGUACGAUGAAAUUCGCUCUGUAUUCGGUGACAAUUUAACGCAGCAGGUAACACUAUCUAUGCUAAAUGAAUUGAACUAUUUGGACUUGGUAAUCAAGGAAACACUACGCCUUUACCCUUCGGUUCCAAUGUAUGGCCGAAAGAUGAUGGAAGACCACGAAAUCGAUGGACAAGUAUUUCCUGCAGGGGCAAACGUUUUGGUCAUGCCCUUCUUCAUGGGUCGCGAUCCGGAAUACUUCGAUGAUCCGAUGGAGUUUCGACCCGAACGGUUUUCUGAGGAAACGUCGGCAGAGAAGGCAAAUCCCUAUCGUUACGUACCUUUCAGUGCUGGGCCACGAAAUUGCAUUGGACAAAAGUUUGCGAUAGCAGAGAUCAAGAGUUUAAUUAGCAAAGUGCUGAGACACUACCAACUGUUGCCUGCUAGUAAAAAUCCACCCGAGAGGUUUAUUUCCGAGCUGAUUCUACGACCUGAAGGCGGAAUCCCGCUACGGAUUAAGCGAAGGGUAAUUUGAAGUUGAUCAGUUUUUGUAAUAAAAGAUCGCAAAAUAAUUAAUUCCAGAUUUAAAUCAACGAUUAUAAUAGUAAAACCAUACCAGCAGAAAAAUAAUCACUGUCUCCCUAUUCAAAGUGAAACAUAUUCACAAUUGCAAGCACGUUUUGACACACUUUCUGUUAAAUCGUGACUACGAACGAAAUUGAUAUCCUAUUUACGUUAUGGCACUAGUACAUUUAAACCCUAUACGCUAUAAAUGGUUUAUUCCAUAUUUGUUUUUUAAGGACUGCCAUAGUGGGCUUCUCACUCUUUAUUAAAUAUAUGUACUACGUCGAACAGUAAAUUGAUACAUAUUUCAGACAUUGAUUGUAUCGUUAUUAAGUAAUCUCAACGUCGUCCUCAACUUCGC